CACACACACACACUCACGAAACACACAUCCACUGCUGUCAGAUCGACUGCACCUCCAGCCGGGUCACGGCGCAAUGAUUUACCACAGAUCUCCCGAUAGAGCGACAUUUAGGAGAUUAAUCGCAAUUCGCAGUGAAUAAAUCUGAUGUUUAACUGUCGGUGAGCAUGCGUGAGCGAGAGAUGGCCGGGAACGGCGGGCAGAUCAGCGUUCGGCACUGGACGCCGAAGCACGUGGGCCGCUGGCUGCGUGAAGAGGGUUUCUGCGAUUACGUGGACCUGCUGUGCAACAAACACCGCCUGGACGGCACCAGCCUGAUGAGCCUGAGCGAGUACGACCUGCGCUCUCCUCCGCUGGAGCUCAAGGUCCUGGGAGACAUUAAACGGCUGAUGGUUUCUCUCAGGAAGCUUCAGAAGCAAAACGCUGACGUGUUGGAGGAGCUCGGGCUGUCGUACGACGGACACUCGCCCCAGAACAGUGCAGGUGGAGUGGACUGGUUGUGUAACGGUGAUUCUGCGCGGGAUUGCGAUGCCGUUCUGGACACGAUGAACGGCGACCAUUAUCACCAGUACAACAACGGCAAAUACAAGCAGCAGCCGCGGAGACUGGACCCGGAGUGCUGGAAAACCAUCCUCAGCUCCGUCUACGUGGUCUUCGUCUUCGGCUUCACGUCGUUUGUCAUGGUGAUCGUCCACGAGCGAGUGCCGGACAUGAGAAUGUACCCGCCGCUGCCCGACAUCUUCCUGGACAGUGUACCCAGAAUCCCCUGGGCUUUUGCGAUGGCUGAGGCCUGUGGCGUGAUCCUCUGCUCUAUUUGGCUGCUAGUUCUGCUGCUACAUAAACACAGGUCGAUCCUGUUGAGGCGCUUGUGUAGUCUGAUGGGGACGGUCUUUAUGCUGCGCUGCGUCACUAUGUUUGUGACGUCUCUCUCUGUACCGGGUCAACACCUGCAGUGCACUGGGAAGAUAUACGGGGACAUGUGGGCGAAGCUUCAGCGUGCGGUGGCCAUAUGGAGUGGGUUUGGCAUGACCCUCACUGGAGUCCAGACGUGUGGAGAUUACAUGUUCAGCGGACACACCGUCGUUAUCACCAUGAUCAACUUCUUCGUCACAGAAUGUAAGUGAACACAC